AUGACCUGUUGCAACGAUCCCUUCACUGAGGAAACAUGGGUACAGCGAGAAUUCUUCCACCCAGACAUUCCCUUGGUUUUUGGAGGCUUCACUCCAAAGCCCUACCAUCAGCUUGCUGUGAAACAACCACCCUGUACAAAAAUAAAGUCCAUCACACGCCAGCGACUCCUCUCCCCUUGGAAGGGUACAUCUCAACAUACAUGGGGCUACCACACUUGGGUGGAUGUGGGGCGUCUACCCCCAGUCUUUCCCACAAGACCUGAUAAACCUUAUGAUAGUAAUGUCUGGCGAUGGCUCACUCGCACUGAAGCCCAUAAAUGUCCUUUAACAAAGUAUUCUGUCCCUCCACCUUCCUGGCUUGGGAAGAACAAUUUAUUGCGCUUUAUUGACACUCAUCCUGUCUUCAUGGACCCAGUAAGAAAAGAGAAAGUGGUCACCCAGACCAAGAAGGAGAUAAUGGAAGCAGGAAUACUCAAAUCAAGAAGUGAAGCAAGGGUACCGCCACUGGAUGCCCAGGGUAACAUCUUGCCCCCCAAGAACUUCAAGAGGUACAGAUAUGUGACACCAGGUGGACGAUUGGACCCUAACGGCUUCCAGCUUGUGCCCACCCCAGUCCCCAAUUUACUCUGCAGGGGUUGGCCCUGCCCAAACCCUCAACAACAUUACAAAGAGAUGUCGAUGAGGCUGUUACUGCAGCCUGCUCCUCCCCUGGACCCUGAAAUGGUGAGGAAUUACCAGAUUCUUGCAAAGGACCGAGCAGCUACUCCCAUCUGCUAUGUCUCAGAAGAACCCCGCGUGGCCUAA